GUAUGCCUCGUUAAAUAAUUACCAGCCAUUAUUCCAGAAGUCACAAGAUUGGGAGCUUCCCCAAUUACUGCUGUGAAGAACAUCACUAUUGUAGAACCUAAGAUUGGCCUCUUGAGAUGUCUUUUCAGGCUUUGGCAUUUCUGACUGCUGGAUGGCACCAUCUGGCCCAAAAAUCAACCAGUUCCUUAGCCCCCACCCAGAAGCUGACUCCAUGCAGGAGGGCCAUUUUCCAUGCCCCUGUGAUUUCAUCCCCAACAAUCAGCACCGCGCAAGCCCUAGCCCCCUCCCCAACAAACUAUCUUUGAAAAACCCCUUACCUCCAAGCCUUCAGUGAGAUUGGUUUGAGUAAUAACUCUGUCUCCCACAUGUCGUGGCUGGCCUGUGUCAAUGAAACUCUUUCCUGCAGUGCCAUGGUCUCCAUGAAUUGAGUUUUUGUGUACAUUGGUCAGGAAGAACCCAUCAGGCGGUUACAUCUGCAGGAUGGUGCCAGUCCUUUCCACAAAGGCUGGUCAGAUACCCAGAAAACAUUUCUCCACUACUACCUGGACAAUGUGUCUCCCUGUCAAUCUCCAGGGAAUGGGGCCUGGAUCAAGUAUUUAGUAUUCAGCAGUUACUACACUGUCACCUAAUCCCUCAUUUUCAAUAUUUUGCCAUGCCUUCCAGUGGCCUAACUGGCCACCAUGCCACAGAAUCUUUACUUUAUGGUCUCCAAGGAGAACUCUCCACUCGAUGUUUUGUGAUUUGAGCAAUGGAAUAGAAUCUGAUACUGGUGGGCUGGGGGAGGUCCCUGGACACUGGUGGGAUCUCGACCCCAGCCGUGGUGUCCAGGCUGUUGACACCAUCGUGAGAACAAAGUCAAAGAUGAGUCAGCAAAUAGUGAAAGAAGAGCUUUAUUGCAAAGCAAAAAGUACACACUCAAGAAAGGGGAGCUUGGGCAUACCUGAGAGAGAAUAAUGGGUUCUGGGGUUUCAUCUUGAUGGGUUUCUUUAACCAAGAAUUGGAAUAUUCACGAAAAUUCCUGGGUAAAGGUGGAGAUUUCUUGGAACUGUGGUGCCAUUUUUACAUCAAACACUGGUCUCAGAACUGUCAUGGCACUGGCGGGUGUGUGAUUUAGUAUGUUAAUGAGCAUAUAAUGAGGGCCUAGGUAAAACCUCCAUCAAAUCCAGUACCACGUUGGGUCCACUCAGUCUUAGCCAGCUUGGUCCACACCCUGGUUUUUCAGCGUCUUAACAGCCCACAGCCUCAAGUCAUGUAAAUCUGCUGCCUAGAAUUUGUUAUCCUGUGACCACCCUGUAGUAUUCCUGUCUGAAAUCUACUUGUAAAUAUUCAAAUGGUCUUUGACUUGGGCAUUCCAACUUUGCUUACUUCACAGUGUUUCCUGCGUAAUAUAUAAGAAAAGAUGAUCCAGACAUUUGUUAAACAUCUCAAAUAAGAUGUAGCCCAGGUAUUUGUGUCAAAUUUGGAUUAUUUUGGUUUCGUCUUUGCAGAAUAUAAAAAACUAACAUGAGGUAAGCACUAAGGUGUGGAGAUGGCUGUGCAAGAGAUGACAAAGUCCAGCACCACACUUGAGAGUGUCCAAUCAUCUCUUCUGGGGCAGCAUAGUUUUCUACAAUACGGAUUUUUGAAAAAAAAAACAUCAAAAAAAAACCUACAAGAUUCAUGAAACUGGACAACUGUCUUUAUAACAUUACCAGUGAUAAAACCAGUAAGGAAGGCUGGUUUGCAGUCAUCUGAGCAGCCUCUUUACUUUCAUAAAUAUGGUUUCUCUCUGAUAUUAAACGGCUUCCAAUUGCAAGCGGAAUGCUGCAUCACAAGGAUAAGGAUGUGAAGAGAACCGGUUUCUUUUGUAAUCCGAAACAUUCUAGUCUGCGAAUUAAAAGCCAUUAUUUGAAGAAGGAUGCCCCGGCUCCAUCUGGCCACCGAAAGGUUGCUCCUUAACACAGGCUAAGGACCAGCUUCUUUAGGAGAGAACAGACGCAGGGGCGGGAGGGAAAAAGGGAGAGGCAGACGUCACUUCCCCUUGGCGGCUCUGGCAGCAGAUUGGUCGGUUGAGUGGCAGAAAGGCAGACGGGGACUGGGCAAGGCACUGUCGGUGACAUCACGGACAGGGCGACUUCUAUGUAGAUGAGGCAGCGCAGAGGCUGCUGCUUCGCCACUUGCUGCUUCGUCACGAAGGAGUUCCCGUGCCCUGGGAGCGGGUUCAGGACCGCUGAUCGGAAGCUCAGCAGGGAGCUGCUGGAGGUAGUAGAGCCUGAAGUCUUGCAGGACUCACUGGAUAGAUGUUAUUCAACUCCUUCCAGUUGUCUUGAACAGCCUGACUCCUGCCAGCCCUAUGGAAGUUCCUUUUAUGCAUUGGAGGAAAAACAUGUUGGCUUUUCUCUUGACGUGGGAGAAAUUGAAAAGAAGGGGAAGGGGAAGAAAAGAAGGGGAAGAAGAUCAAAACCCACCAUGCCCCAGGCUCAGCGGUGUGCUGAUGGAAGUGGAAGAGCCUGAAGUCUUACAGGACUCACUGGAUAGAUGUUAUUCGACUCCGUCAAUGUACUUUGAACUACCUGACUCAUUCCAGCACUACAGAAGUGUGUUUUACUCAUUUGAGGAACAGCACAUCAGCUUUGCCCUUGACGUGGACAAUCGGUUUUUUACUUUGAUGGUGACAAGUCUCCACCUGGUCUUCCAGAUGGGAGUCAUAGUCCCACAAUAAGCAGCCCUUACUAAGCCGAGAGAUGUCAUUCCUGCAGGCAGGACCUAUAGGCACGUGAAGAUUUGAAUGAAACUAUAGUUCCAUUUGGAAGCCCAGACAUAGGAUGGGUCAGUGGGCAUGGCUCUAUUCCUAUUCUCAGACCAUGCCAGUGGCAACCUGUGCUCAGUCUGAAGACAAUGGACCCAAGUUAGGUGUGACACGUUCACAUAACUGUGCAGCACAUGCCGGGAGUGAUCAGUCAGACAUUUUAAUUUGAACCACGUAUCUCUGGGUAGCUACAAAGUUCCUCAGGGAUUUCAUUUUGCAGGCAUGUCUCUGAGCUUCUAUACCUGCUCAAGAUCAGUGUCAUCUUUGUGUUUAGCUCAUCCAAAGGUGUUACCCUGGUUUCAAUGAACCUAACCUCAUUCUUUGUAUCUUCAGUGUUGAAUUGUUUUAGCUGAUCCAUCUGUAACACAGGAGGGAUCCUUGGCUGAGGAUUGUAUUUCAGAACCACCAACUGCUCUUGACAAUUGUUAACCCGCUAGGCUCCUUUGGUUAGAGAAGCCACAGUCCUUCAGCCUCCAAUUGGUGUCAGUACUUAGGAAGACCACAGCUAGAUGGACAAACAGCAUUGGGAGGCCUUAGCCCUGCUCCUCUCGAUUCCAUCCUGUAGAGAACAGGAGUCAGGAGCCGCUGGCAGGAGACAGCAUGUCACCCAGGACUCUGCCGGUGCAGAAUAUGAACAAUGCCAUGUUCUUGCAGAAAACGCUUAGCCUGAGUUUCAUAGGAGGUAAUCACCAGACAACUGCAGAAUGUAGAACACGGAGCAGGACAACUGACCUGUCUCCUUCACAUAGUCCACGUCACCACGAAUCACACAACAAAAAGGAGAAGAGAUAUUUUGGGCUCAAAAAAAGUAAAAAGAUAAUGUAGCUGCAUUUCUUUAGUUAUUUUGAACCCCAAAUAUUUCCUCAUCUUUUUGUUGUUGUCAUUGAUGGUGGUGACAUGGACUUGUUUAUAGAGGACAGGUCAGCUGUCUGGCUCAAUGAUCUACAUUCUGAAGUUGUCUGAAAAUGUCUUCAUGAUUAAAUUCAGCCUAAACGUUUUGCCGGGAACACGGCAGAGACAAUGCUGUGAGUUUCCAACCUCAGCCCAUCUGCGGGCAGAGAAGGUCUAGUUCGUCCAUCACCAUUAUGAUAUCAGGACUGGUUACUUGGUUAUGGAGGGGUCUAGGAGACCUGUCCCUUUUAGAGACACCUUACUUAUAAUGAAGUAUUUGGGAGGGCGGUUUUCAAAAGUAGAAAUGUCCUGUAUUCCGAUGAUCAUCCUGUAAACAUUUUAUCAUUUAUUAAUCAUCCCUGCCUGUGUCUAUUAUUAUAUUCAUAUCUCUACGCUGGAAACUUUCUGCCUCAAUGUUUGCUGUGCCUUUGUUUUUGCUAGUGUGUGUUGUUGAAAAAAAAACAUUCUCUGCCUGAGUUUUAAUUUUUCUCCAAAGUUAUUUUAAUCUAUACAAUUAAAAGCUUUUGCCUAUC